GCUCCGCCCGGUUUUCAGGUGAACUAAAUAUGCGCUCGCUGUCCUCAGUCAAUCACUUCAUCUCACUCUUAAGCCUACAAAGGAACUCCGCCAGUGAAUUUACUCAUUUUUACUCACCUGGGCGGAUAUAUAUCAUGGAUUUGGUCGGAAUCAUCUUGUAGGCUAACAGGAGCUGAGAGCAACAGUAAUCCGGACUCAGGAUGAGUUGGGGAGCGCUUUAUGCCCAGCUGGGAGGGGUGAAUAAACACUCCACCAGCUUGGGAAAGAUCUGGCUGUCUGUCCUCUUCAUCUUCCGCAUUAGCAUCCUCGUAAUAGCUGCCGAGACGGUCUGGGGAGAUGAGCAGUCCGACUUCGUCUGUAACACACAACAGCCCGGCUGCAAAAACGUCUGCUACGACCACUUCUUUCCAGUCUCGCAUAUCCGUUUCUGGUGCCUGCAGCUCAUCUUUGUGUCUACGCCGGCUUUGCUGGUGGCUAUGCAUGUGGCGUACCGCAAACGCAACGUAAAGAAAGGCCUUUUGGCCAACCGUGCUGGCAGUGCCAAAGAGGACGACCUGGAGAGCCUGAAGAAGAGGCGUCUUCCCAUCACUGGGCCGCUGUGGUGGACCUACACCUCCAGCCUGUUCUUUCGGCUCCUUUUCGAGGCCGGAUUCAUGUAUGCACUGUAUUAUGUCUAUGAUGGGUUUCAGAUGGCACGUCUUGUGAAGUGUGAGCAGUGGCCCUGUCCCAAUAAAGUUGACUGCUUUAUCUCACGACCAACAGAGAAGACGGUCUUCACCAUUUUCAUGGUGGGAUCUUCUGCCAUCUGCAUUGUGCUCAAUGUGGCUGAACUGGGCUACUUGAUUGUCAAGGCAUUGCUGAGGUGCUCAGCCAGAUCCAAGGGGAGGCGCAACUUUGUACACCAAGAUAAAAUAUCCACAGAAAAGGCACUCUUACAGAACGAAAAGAACACAAUGUUGCUGUCAUCCACUUCAGACUCCUCGACCAAUAAGACUGCUUAAGAUUAUCCCUACAUCCAGUGACUCAAUUCUACCAUCUUGGAUGAUAGUAGGCUCAUAGACAACAGUGUUUGUUUUGUAGCUCGUUUUUGACAAGUUGAGAGCAGGUUUCAAGCAUGGUUCAUUUCAAAACUGACUUUUGGCUUAAAAGAUUAUUAGGGAGUAUGGCACUGCAUUGACUAAAAAUUUGAGGGUUGUUGAAUUUUAUUUUCCACAUUGCUCAGUAGCCUCAGUACUCUCUAAUGGCAUUAGAAAAGCCCAAGAGCGACUCCUAGUGGUCAGAAAAGGCACUCUUACAGAACGAAAAGAACACAAAGUUGCCGUCGUCCGCUUCGGACUCCUCCAUCACUCCAAGACUGUUUAAAACUAUCCCAACAUACCAUUAUGGAUGAUAAUAGCCUCGUAGAUGACAGUGUUUUAACAGUAUGUGAUUUUUAGCUCGUUUUUGACAAGUUGCCUUAAGAACAGAACAAAAUGGACUUCAGAGACCUUUGCACAAAAUUGAGUGUCCUGUUUCUGAGGGACCAAUUACUAUGUUGUGUAUUGUACAUAAAUGCUUCUCUUUAUUUGGUCUUUUACAUGAUUGAGUUUUGCUUUGUUUACUUGUUUUUAUUUUUUGGCUCUUUCUGUUACCCAUCAACAGUUUUAGACUAGCAGUGUAAUUUAGAGAGGGUUUGUGUUUGUAUGUUUUUAUUUGUGCUUGUUUUGGUAUAUGAUUUAAAUGUCUUCAACGACGGCACGUCUGUUUAGUUUUAAGUCGUUUCACAAUAUCCUUGCAUUGACUCCUACCGGAGAUUUCAUAUCAGCUUACAGCAGUGCCUUAUUGAGAACAAAUAGGCUGUAGUCGCGUGAGAAUGUUUACUAGUGACGCGCCGCGUGCUCUUGCGACGUCUUGUCAGUCAGUCUACCUGUUGACAGGUGAAUAGGCAAGAGCUCGUGCGUGGUUUCUCCGUUUAGUUUUUCUGCUCUGAGUGGGUCUACAAGUCAGCGGCGAACAGUUUUGUUUUUAAUUCUGUGAUUUAACCGCUGAAAUCAUUGUUACCAAAGUGUCCACAUGUGGGUCGAGCUGUGAUCAUUUUUGAUUGUCAACUGGUUGUCAGAUAAGUACGUUUCUUUCUAAUGUUGGCUAACAAUUUAACUUUUAUAUGAAUAUCUUAAUAAAAAAAACUUUUUAAAUGUU